UGUUUUGCUGUUUGACGAGUUGUAUGAAAACGUAAUAUGAAUAAAAUAGAGCUGCGUCCUCCUCCAGCCCACGGGGGGGCGGUAUCACAUUCCCCUGCCUACGAAGCUGAACUACUUCCUGGUUCGCCCGCUGCUGCUGUCAAGGUCCAACAUGUUUCCCUGUGUUUUACGUCACCGCAGCGGUCUUUCUCACAGUAAAAUCAAGCUCUUGCAAGCACAUUUACGAGCAGUCCGGUUGUCUCAUGGGCUCGUCCGGCGAGACGCCGGGAUGAGGGGCGUGCUGUCCCCGCUGGGAGGCGACCGCUGCCCGCUGGCGUGUUCGAGUCGGUGGUUCCCCUGCCGGACGUCACCAAACGUUGAUGCUCAGACCUCAAGAGGGGUCUCUUCAGUGCCUCCUCCUCCUCCUUCAUCCUCAAAGGAAAAGUCCAAGAGGGCCGGGCCUGUAUCAUGGAAGUCAUUGGCAGUAACCUUUGCAAUCGGAGGAGCUCUACUUGGCAUGAUGAAGUACUUCAAGAAAGAAAAAGAGGAGUUGCUUGAGAAGGAGCGGAACAAGUCCCUGGGCAAGCCGGCGCUGGGCGGGCCGUUCUCCCUCAUAGACCACAACAAAAAACCCUGCAAAAGCGAGGACUUCCUGGGCCAGUGGAUCCUCAUCUACUUCGGCUUCACUCACUGUCCCGACAUUUGCCCGGAGGAGCUGGAGAAAAUGAUCGAGGUGGUGGAUACGAUCGACAGCAUCCAGUCUCUGCCCAACCUGACGCCGAUCCUCAUCACCAUCGACCCAGACCGGGACACGUCAGACGCGAUGGCGGCGUAUGUGAAAGAGUUCUCUCCGAAGUUGAUCGGCCUCACAGGAUCGACGGCUGAGAUCGAGAAAGUGUCCCGAUCCUUCAGAGUCUACUACAGUCAGGGACCAAAGGACGAAGACAACGACUACAUCGUGGACCACACCAUCAUCAUGUACCUGGUGGGCCCUGACGGAGAGUUCGUGGAGUACUACGGUCAGAACAAGACCAACGUUGAGAUCACAAACUCCAUCGCCGCCUACAUGAGGAAGUUCAAGGGCAAGUGAUCCGACUGGAGCUGAAUUACUGUGUGUUUAUUGUGGAUUGAUAAUCCAACGAAACUCUGAUCUUCUUCUGUUGGAACCUCCCUGUCAUGGUGUGGAACAAAUCAUGACAAUAAACGUGUCUGGGUAAAACCUCGUGUCCUGAUUGGUUCACAACUCUUCACAGAUCUAUUGUCAGUUUUCAUCUCAGAUUAAACUUUGUUUACUUGAGUGGACUUUUCAUUUUAUAUUGAUGAAGAUGCUAAUUCAAAUGUAUUUUUUGUCUGAUGAAUUUUGUUGUACAUUGUGUGUACAAUGGCAAUAAA